UGCUGUUUAUUACAGAGAUGUUCACAAGUAUGUGAACUUUUAUUUUGAAAAAUCAUGUUCCGGAUCCCAUGAACAUGCUAGACCUUGUGAGGGGCGAGUAGGGAAUCGUGAAGGUGAAACAGAGCUGCACUCCUGACCACUGAGAUGCUGGUCAUAAACAGACAUUUGAGGACAUUGCUGCCCUGUGUCUUGAGAUUUCAGGCAGCAACCAAUGAUGUUAUGAUCUUCCCCAGGACUUCCUCCCCAUGUCCACUAACAUGCCCUGCACUUGUACGCAGACACACCACGAACGAAAAAGCGCGCUCAUACCUUCAGUACCUCAAAAGAAAAGUCAUAGCCCCACCAAAACCUCCAUACAGCCACGUGUGUCAGGUGGGCGACCCUGUGCUGCGCUCCAAGGCUGCAGCAGUGGAGCCCAGCGCUAUUGGAGGAGCAGAGGUGCAGCAAGUGAUUAAAACCUUGGUGAAGGUCAUGCGCAGGCUGGAGUGUGUGGGACUUAGUGCACCCCAGAUUGGUGUACCUCUCCAGAUCAUAGCUCUGGAGUAUCCAGAGAAGAUGCUGGAGGACAGCCUACCUGCUUCCAUCAAGGCCCGUGGCCUGGUCCCAGUUCCCUUAAAGAUAUUUAUUAAUCCACAGCUGCGCAUCUUAGAUGGAGAGAUGGUCACCUUCCAGGAAGGCUGUGAAAGCAUAUCAGGGUUCUCUGCCUCUGUUCCACGAUAUAUUUCUGUGCAGGUCACAGGACUAAAUGAAAAAGCAGAGUCGGUAACCUGGCAAGCAACUGGAUGGCCUGCAAGGAUACUGCAGCAUGAGAUGGAUCACCUCGGUGGAGUUCUUUACGUUGACCGCAUGGACAGUAAAACUUUCAUUAAUGUGAACUGGGAACAAUACAAUGAAUAGCAGAUCUGCUGAUUAAAAGUUGGGAGUACACUUGUCUGGAA